UUAAUGUUUGUGAAAAACACAGGCGGAAUAGGCUUAUAUCUCAUCGUGAUAGCUAGGUAGUUGAAAUUUUUACGGUUAAGAGGUUGUAUUUCUGUUGUCACUAUAACAAUAAAAAUAGUGAAUAUAUUUUUAGAGGUCGAUUAAUUGCAACGACCAUGUAUUUUCCCCUUGCGUUUGUUUUAUAGGGUAACCUACUAUUAGCUAUAGCGCAAUUUACUAAACAAAUCACUAGGUAAAUUGCGACCUAUUUGAUAACAAAGUUCCAUACUCUAUUUGUUCGUGGAUCGUGUUCAUAAAAACACUCAGUUUACUUAUUAUUCAGUACCCGUUGUUCAUCGGCCAGGAACGCUAGUACCUAUUAUACGAGAUCACUUUAAAUUAAAAAUAACGAUUAAGUGGGAGAACAAAGAAAAUGUAUUGAGUUCCAGCAUUAUUAAAGAAUGUUGAAAUUACUAAUACUCUCGGUGUUUAUUUGCUUAGCAAAUGCUAGUAUAAGAGCAAAUACGGUUGUUAAUAAUUUUGAAAAUGAAGUUCGUCAAAAUAAGCGGUAUAAGCCGAUUUGGAGCGAUCUGGAUACUAGGCCGUUGCCCGAAUGGUACGAUAAAGCCAAAAUAGGCAUAUUCAUACAUUGGGGCGUUUUCUCCGUACCUAGUUUCGGCUCUGAAUGGUUCUGGAUAAACUGGAAAGCGAGUAAGAAUAACAAAAAGUACAUAGAUUUCAUGAAAAACAACUACCCGCCUGGCUUCACGUAUCAGGAGUUUGCUCCUAUGUUUACAGCUGAAUUCUUUGAUCCCACAGCUUGGGCUCAGCUAUUUGCUAAAUCUGGAGCUAAAUAUGUUGUCCUAACAAGUAAACAUCAUGAAGGCUUCACUUUAUUCCCAUCAAACCGCUCAUUCAGCUGGAAUGCAGUAGAUGUCGGUCCUGGGAGAGAUUUAGUUGGAGAGCUUGCAGACGCAGUGCGAAGCCAAAAUUUGAAGUUUGGUGUCUACCAUUCAUUAUUUGAGUGGUUCAACCCAAUUUAUUUAGAAGACAAAAGAUCCAAGUUCGCUACUCGGACUUAUACAGAGACAAAGCUAUGGCCAGAUAUAAGACAGCUAAUAAAUAAGUAUAAACCGUCAGUGCUUUGGUCUGAUGGUGACUGGGAAGCUCAUGAUGAUUAUUGGAGGUCAACAGACUUGCUAGCUUGGUUAUAUAAUGAUAGUCCAGUGAAGGAUGAGAUAGUAGUCAAUGAUAGAUGGGGCAUUGACAUCCCAGGCAAGCACGGGGACUUCUACAACUACCAAGAUAGGUACAAUCCAGGUAAACUGCUCAAACACAAAUGGGAAAAUGCAUUUACAGUUGACUCAAAAUCAUGGGGUUACAGAAGGCAAAUGUCCAUUAAUGAAGUAUUUACUAUAAAUCAAAUUUUGAAUCAAGUUGUAUCAACAGUCAGCUGUGGAGGUAACGUCCUUAUUAACAUAGGCCCUACAAAAGAAGGUACAAUAAUCCCUGUAUUCCAAGAACGCCUCUUAGCGCUAGGCGAGUGGCUCUCAAUCAACGGCGAAGCGAUAUACGGCAGCUCACCAUGGCACUCCCAAAACGACACUAUCAAUCCUAAAGUAUGGUACACUUGUACGAAGACCGACUACAAUGCUUCUCACCCUACCGCAGUGCCCUCAAAAGCUGAUAGAGUAACGGCAAUCUAUGCUGUUAUGCUCAAGUGGCCACAGAACAGCGUUCUAAACCUUGCAGACGUUACUGCAUACUUACACAGUGGCACUUAUAAAGUCGAGAUGUUGGGAAAUGAAGGACAGUACUUAAACUGGAACAUAACUAACGGACAAGUUCAGAUACAACUGCCAGACAAAGCUACUGUUGUUUCCCAGCAUGCUUGGACAUUGCGAUUUAAUACCAAAUAAAAUUUUGCAGUACAA